AUGGAAAUGACAACUCAGCCUAUCACGACGCAGCCGCAAUGCCACACGUCCACGCGGAGUUUUGAAUGGCAGACCGGUCUCUGCGACUGCGGCAGUGACUGCUGCAUCUGCUGGUGUGGAACGUUCUGCUUCUGCUGCCUGGGAUGCAAAAUUGCCAAAGACAUGGAUGAAUGCUGUUGCUGUGGCCCCAGUGUAGCCAUGAGGACUCGCUACCGGACUCUGUACCGGAUCCCGGGAUCCAUCUGCUCAGACUGCCUCACUGUUUGCUGCUGCGCACCAUGCAAUCUUUGCCAGCUCAAGAGAGAUAUCAACAGGAGAAAACAAUUAGGGAUAUUCUAGAAAGGGAUCCCUCUGCGAUGACUUCUGCACUGUCCUGUGUUGCCCUCUUUGUGCCCUUUGCCAACUCAGGAGAGACAUCAAGAGAAGACGAG